AUGCGGCCCUGGGGGCGGCAGCUCCUGCUGGGCUUCUCCGUCCUCUGGAAGCCGCUCUUCACGGGCCGCCUGCUGCUGGUGACCAACACGGUCAGCUGCGGGGGGCUCCUCGCGGCGGGGGACUCGCUGCGCCAGAGCUGGGAGAUGCGGCAGGACCCCCGGCGCAGGCGCGACCUGGCGCGCACAGCUCGCAUGUUCUGCAUCGGCUGCAGCAUGGGCCCGCUGAUGCAUUACUGGUACCUGUGGCUCGACCGUGCUUUCCCGGCCGCUGGAUUCCGUGGCAUCAAAACCAUCCUGAAGAAGGUUUUCAUCGACCAGAUCGUGGCCUCCCCGGCUUUGGGGGUGUGGUAUUUUUUGGGUAUGGGCUCUUUGGAGGGACAGACCCUGCGGCAGAGCUGGCGUGAGCUGGAAGAGAACUUCUGGGAGUUUUACAAGAUGGACUGGUGUGUGUGGCCCCCAGCACAGCUGAUCAAUUUCCUGUACCUGCCACCCAAGUACCGUGUGGUCUACAUGAACGUCAUCACCCUCGGCUGGGACACUUACCUGUCUUACCUGAAGCAUCGUCACAAGCGGCCUUCCUACAGUGUGGAGGAGGACACGCAGCCCCGCGCCGCCGAAAUCCAGACGGCUGGGUGAGACGCACGACCGUCCUUCCAGGGAGCCACGGCGGGCCGCAGCUUCUCCGCUUGCUGUGGGGCCCUGCGAGGCAGCGCGUCAGCUGGGCAGGCCCCACAGCCAGUCCCAGGGCGAGGGAUGGUGCAUCGCCUCCUCACGUGGCCGGACCAAGGUGGAGGACUCGGGAUCAACACGGGCACAGACGGAAUCCUGUAUCACGACCCUCCCCCAAUCAUGUACCCUGUAAUUUAUUUGCCCUUCGAAGUGCCAGAUCACUGAUUUUCAUAAUAAAAGCUAUGACUGCCUCUCCAGCAGGA